UUUCCACAAACUCAGUUCCUGUAAAACUCUCCGAGGUUGUUCUUCCCUUACUGGUGACUUACUGACCCAUUUGGACGCACGCCUGCACAUACAGAGAAGGGGACUGAAUUCAUUCUUUGCUUUGCUCUCGUCCCUUUGCCACUCCAGCACUGUGGGCGAGAGCAUCUGAGACUGUUUUGUAAGCUGAAGGAAGCAGAUGAGCUCCCAACCCUCCGGGUAAAGCAGCAGCAGCAGCAGCCUGGAAGGCUGUUGUAGAAGUCGGAAGGAUUUGCAGCUGUAGGAGAUACAGUAUGUCCGAUUCACAUGCUGAUGGUCAAGACCCUGGGGGACCUGAACUGAGAAUUAUCCUUGUUGGUAAAACUGGAGCUGGGAAAAGUGCGACAGGGAACUCCAUCCUUGGCGAGAGAAAGUUUGAGUCCAAGCUCAGUGUAAAGUCAGUAACUGAGACUUGUGCUAAAGGGAGGGUAACAUGGGAUGGGAGGGAGGUUGUGGUUAUCGAUACGCCUGAUAUUUUUGAUACAAAGGCCCCUGUUGAAGACUCUGCCUGUGAGAUUGCUCGCUGUAUCAUGCUCUCCUGCCCAGGCCCCCAUGCUCUGGUGCUGGUUACACAGCUGGGCUGUUACACUGAGGAGGAUAAGGCAGCAGUCAGGCGAAUACAAGAGAUUUUUGGGGCUGAGGCUCUGAGGUACAUGAUCGUCUUAUUCACCCGGAAAGAAGACUUAGAAGGUGACUCACUGGAUGAUUAUAUAAGAGACUUGGAUAACCAAGAUCUUUGUAAGUUGAUUAAAGAUUGUGGGGACCGAUGUUGCGCUUUCAACAAUAAAGCAACUGGCACAGAAAGGGAUGAGCAGAUUAAUGAACUGAGGACAGUGAUUGAGGAAAUGGUGCAGGUGAAUGGAGGCCAAUGUUACAGCAAUGAAAUGUAUAAAUAUGCCAAAGAGAAGAUUGAACAACAGGAGAGGGCACUUGAGAAAACGUACAGAGAACGAGAGGAAGAAAAAGUAAAAGAUAUAAUACAUCACUUCAAGGAGAAAUAUAAAAAUAUAAAGGAAGGCUUAAACUCAAGGCCGGAGGAAGUAAAGAAAAUACAUCUAGAAUUAGGCGAAACUGUAUAUCGAGUUUUAGAAAAGCUGUCAGAAGCUCAAAAAGACAAAGAAGCAGAACAGGAAGAAAACCUGAAAGAAAUACAGAAAUACUACCAGGAAAAGGUAAAACAAGGGAAGAAGGACGCAAUGAUGGUAAUGAGAUUAGCUCUGUAUUUGCAUAUUUAA